AUGUUGUUAUUCUUUUCCCAUCAUUUUAUAAACUCAGCGAGGGUGAUGGAUGAUGUCUUCUUCUUUGUUCUUAUCUUCUUGAGUCAUCCAUUCAUUCAUUAUUGGUCUUCAUCUUCAUCCUCACACUCGGUUAUGUUGGUUGGCGUGUCUUCCUCCUCUUGGACGGCAGGCAGUCUCCGCCAGCGACAUCCUUGUGCGAGAGAGCGAGAGGACGACCAGCGAAAGAAAAAAAACAAAGUCCAUCACCCGUUCAUUCAUUUACAAAGGAUUUACAAAACAUUUACA